AUGGUGAGGCAGGGGAGACUUUCGACGCAGGCGCUGCUGCAGGCGCUGCUGGGCUUGUACUCAGCGGCAUACUGCUGCCUGCUGGAGGGGAGCUUCACCAACGAGAGAGGAACGACGAUCAUCUCGAAGCAAGAGAGUAACUUCGUCGUCUCCUUUCUCAACGAUGCUCAGGACAAGGAGGGUUGGUUGGUAGCAACCGGCACCCUGAGCAAGAAUGGAAGUCGAUGGUGCACGUGCGGAGCAGGGGGCAGUUGCACGUCGAGCGAAGGACUUUGUAGGGAGCUGACGGUGACUUUCAUCAGGGCGAACAAGUCCGUAGCGAUGGUGCUCAAUGGUACUGUCGAGCUGGACUGCCAGGGGGUAACAUCAUGGAGCAACGGGUACGGCGACUGGUGGAAGCCCGACCCGUCAAUCAAAGAGCUGCACAUUGUCUCUAUGACACAUCUUGACGUCGGAUUCACAAACACAACUCACAGCGUAUGCGACAUGUACUUUGAGAAGCAUUUCCCUCAGGCCCUCGAAACCCAUUACGAACUCAAGGCGCGAGGGGGUGCUGAAACCUACACAUGGACUGUCUUCCCGUGGCUUCUCUUGGAGUUCUUCGAUGGUGCAGCUGGCUGUGCUCGACGCAGACGGACAGAGCAAGAGAUGAUGGAGAUGAAGGUUGCAAUCGAGAGUGGAGCGAUCAUCUGGCAAGCCAACGCCCUCAACUCCUUCAUGGAGCUCUACGACGAGACUCUUCUUGACUACAGCCUCUCUCUGAGACAUGAGCUGAACGCCAUGUUUGCUGCCAAGUCAGGACUGCUCGCAGGCAAGCAGACUGACGUGCCUGGAAUGAGCAUAGCUGCCGUACCAGCCUUGCACAAGAAAGGCGUGCGAGCGUUUCACAUCGGAUACAACGGGGCCUGCAAGAAGCCCGAGGCUCUUCCUCCUCUCUUCAGGUGGCUGCACAAAGAGUCGGGCAAGGAGUUGCUCGUCAUGGCCGAGGCCUCGUACGGUUGGCUGGUUAGGUUUCAAGAUAUCGCGCUCGUCUUCCAGUAUGGAUCCGACAACGGUUUACCCCCAAAGCCAGGGCAAGUUUUACAAUUUUGGCGAACGAUGCAGAAUCGAUUUCCACAGGCGAAGUUGAUAUCAAGCAGCCUUGACGCCUUUGUCUCGCGUGUUAUGAACAGCCCAGGUUACGCAAACCUUCCCAUCGUUGAUAAGGACAUUGGAGAUUCGUGGCUGUAUGGUUCUCCUGCUGACCCCAUCAGACUUGCUGCCUAUCGCGAGGCCGUGCGAUUCAUCAAUGAAAAGAUCGCUCAGGCGAUACAUGAGGAGGUUGCUCAAGACUUACCGACAACCAGGGACCUCCGGAACACAAUUGGGUUCUUUCACGUCCUCAGAACCCCUGACGGGAACUGGAGCAACGAAGAGUUUCACCGGGUGGACUCGCGCUAUGCCAUGCUCGAGAUGGAAUGGGCAGAUCAGAGGCUGUACAACCACCCGCUUCCCACUCACAACAAAGGGACCUGGGGCCGUCUCGUGGAGGAGCUGGAGGGGAGGCUGAGGAUGGUAGAAGGCGGGAAGGUUGCGUUCAACACGACUGAUGGAUCUCUUUCCUACCUGAGGAGGAGUGAGGCUGGGGCGUUCCAGUGGGCCAAGUCGUUCGGAAGGAUGAGAUAUCGAACAUAUUCGGAGCAAGACUUCCUUCACUUCAACGAAGAGUACACCCCAGGUUGCAUUCCUUGCGAUGACUUUGCCAAACUCGGCAUGGAGACUGCCCAUCCUGUCUCCCGUACUUGGGACUUCAGAGUUUCCUCUGCCGCUGCAAACAUCAUGAAAGGUACGGUGCGCCUGGGAGCAUACACGUUUGCCUCUUGCUCGAUCCUCCUUCAUCUACUCAUCCAUGACCGCAAGCUCUCCUACAACAUCCCGGGACCAAACAAGACUGCAGUCAGUCUGCAAGUUUCUUGGACCAACAAGACAGCCACGAGGCUCGCCGAAUCCACUUGGAUUUCCUUCGAACCAAACCAUGAGACCAGCGCGACAUGGCAGAUGCACACGCUUGGAAGUUGGCUGUCGCCAUAUCGAGUGGUGGAGAACGGCACAAGGCACGUCUUCUCCGUAUGGGACGGAGUUCGGCUGAUCCAAGAGACUUCUCCUACCUUGCAGCCGACCAGACAGCAAGGUCUCCUCUCGUCCUCACAACCUCCUGUGCUCGACUAA